GUUUGAUUGGUUCAUUUUGCUUCGUGAUCUGAUCGACUGUUGAUGCUAUACCGUCUUAAAGAUGCCACCAUUUACUCUUGAAGACUGUGGCGAUGACCAGCAAAAACGUCUGCACCGAACGCUGAAUCUUUUAUUUAAGCGACUGACUGAUGACGACGAGUAUUCAGAAAUUAAUAAUCAUCAACGAAAACUGAAGGCCUGCAACGUCGUUACAUUUCAAAUACUCAAAACACGACUUGGCGAACUGGCAUAUAAAACCACGAAGGAAUUCAUGGAUGAUAUUCUAUCCAUACAAUCGAUGACAAAAGAUUCGUCAAAGCGACUGCAGAGAAUCGCAAAACAAAUGGUCGAGUACUGCAAAAAUGAAAUCGUUUUCAUCGAAGCUUGCGAUUCAUGCUACGAAUUAGCUAAUGCGGACGUGAAGAACUGGUUCCCAUCUGUUUGCGAAAAACAACACAAACUGGUGUGGGCAAAAGUAGUCGGCUAUCCGUAUGCCCCUGCGAAAUUAAUGAAAACCGACAACGAUAAAGCUACAGUACAGUUCUUCGGCGAGCAUAAGAUAUCGCAGACGCCAACAAAAUUUUGUUUGCGUUUUAGCGAAAAAAGUCCAAAUCAUAAUUACGAUACGGAAGUCAAUAUUAUGCAGGAGGUUCAGCAGUACAUCAAAAAUCUCGGGCCGUCGUUCAAAUAUGCGCAAACUGGUGAAAGAUUGUCGGCUAACGUGACUGUAGCUCCAGCAAUAACCUCAGCAUCAACAUGGGCCUCGACCAUUCGCAAGAGUAUCACCGAUUUACUCGAUAAGAAUGAAAAGGAGUUUGAAACGCUGAAAACGAAUUUCGGGUUGAAAGAGGCCGUGUAUCGAUCCGAAAUUAAAGUGCUUGAAGAAAAGUUGUCGGCACAAAAGCGGCAAUACGAAGAACAGCUGACGGCUGCUAAGAAUCAAAAAUAUUGCGACUGCUGCAAGUCUGUAACUAAAUCGACCAUCCAUAUUUUUUGCAGCAACACCUGUGGAGCGAAGUGGUACGGUGACCAAGCUAACAAGUGACGUUGAACGACGACUGUUGAAUUUUCCUUUUUUUUUUUUAUUGAUUCGACAACCAGAUCGGUGUCUCUGAAAUCUAACUGCACAUUGGUUCAUUUUUAGCCAAGCAAAUAUUAUUCAAAUAAACAAACUCAUCGCGCAAAUUGACUCUGUUGUUCAAACUGCGGUAGAUGCCCCACUUUGGUCGAAGGAAUUCGUUACCUGUGCGCCACAUUUCUAUAUGACUAUUAGUGUAAGACAUUAGUUGCUGACCAUUAUCGAGUCGCUUUAUACGAAUGUGGAAUCGUCCUUGGGUGGCACAGGUAUACUCUACGGUGAUAUGAACCCAUCGGCCUGCAAAAUCAGACAAUGGUCCUUCCCAUAUGGGUGUUUGUACGGAAUUGGUACCUGCGUGCAAUACUUGCA